UGUGCGGGGCUUCACGCUGCAGAGCUGCGCUGAGAGCUGAGACGAAGCAGCAGCAGAGGACGAACUACUGGAGGUGGAAAAAAAAAAUUCUAAAUCUAAAUAGAAACGAGUAAAAGAAAAUCUGAUGGAGCUGGUGGACUGUGACGCGAAAGGAAAGUGCAAGAGGAAGAGGAGGAGGAGGUGCAAAGGACGGAGCGACACAGGUUCAACCCUCAUUGGGCCCAUAAAACCCUGGGAUGCUGGAGCAUCGUCAGCCGAGGAUGCAGACAAUUCAAGUACUAGCAGUUUGGAAGUGAAAGAAAAUCAGGACAAUCAUCUUCAAAAGUACCACCCAUCGACCUUUUUCACAACUUUCCCCAGACACGGACCAAGAAGAGCCCUGAAGAGGAAGCAGCCGCUGGUCGACGGUAAAGAACGAGCGCUCUACCAAAGUCACUUGACUUGCAAAAGAGCAGCCUGGGCUGUGACUCAGAAGAACGCCCUGGUGCAGCUGAAUGAGUUACGACCAGGUCUCCAGUACGAGAUCAUGUCAAAGACUGGCCCGCUCCAUGCUCCGGUGUUCUCUGUAGGCGUGGAAGUGAACGGCAUCCACUUCGAGGGCCGAGGGCCGACAAAAAAACAGGCUAAGAUGAGGGCCGCAGAGCUGGCUCUCCAGUCAUUCAUCCAGUUCCCAAACGCCUCACAGGCUCAUGCCGCCAUGCGGAGUUUCCCCAGCGCCCCCAAAGAUUUUACCGCCGAUAAACUCGACAUCUCGGACACAUUCCUCAAAGAAUGCGUCGAAAACUUUGAUCUCCUGCACUGCAGCACGGCGAGAAAGGAGGUCUUCUCCAGCAUUUACAAUCACAAACGACUCGUUCGACUCAUGUUGGACUUCAAGGAUCCCAGAAGACGAGCCGGCAGCACCUCACUUCUGGAGCGCCUGAGUCCUGUGGCGUUGCUCAAUGAGCUCCGGCCGGGGCUCAGGUACAUGUGUCUGACGGAGCGAGUUCAUGGCAGGCCGACGAGGAGUUUUGUUAUGGUGGUGAGGCUGGAGGGGAGGGUCUUUGAAGGGUGUGGUCACAGUAAAAGACUGGCCAAGGUCCAUGCCGCUACGGCCGCCCUUCAGUCUCUUUACAACGUAAGUCUGGGACCAGAGAGGAAGGUGAUGGGCCUCCAGGGCGGCAGGGCCAAAAAUCAGCUACCUCAGUUCUUCUCAGAGUCCGUUUAUCAGCUGGUGAGAGAAAAAUACUGGGAGCUGACGGACGGACGUUCCUCACGUCACAAGGUCCUGGCCGGGAUCGUCAUGACCAGAGGAUUUGACCUCCGAUCAGCCCAGGUCGUGUCUCUGGCCACGGGGACCAAGUGUCUGGACUCGGACAACGUGAGCGACCGGGGCUGUACACUAGGAGACUGCCACGCCGAGGUCGUCAGCCGGAGGGCGCUGGUUCGGUUCCUGUACAGUCAGCUGGAGCUGCUGCUCUGUAAACCGGCGGACGACGGAGAACGAUCCAUCUUCGUGCCAAACAGAUCCUGCGGCAGCAGCAGCUUCCGGCUGCAGGACGACGUCCUCUUCCACAUGUACGUCAGCUCGUCGCCGUGUGGAGACGCUCGACUCAACUGUCCCUACGAGACCACAGCAGCAGCAUAUCCCAGCCGGAGGUUUCGAUGUCACCUCAGGAUGAAGGUGAACGGGGGCGAGGGAACCCUCCCCGUCCCGACUCAGAGAACCAAUCAGAAACGUCCUGGAGCGAGGCCGAGCGAACGUCCCGCCAGCAUGUCCUGCACCGACAAAAUGUCAAAGUGGAGCGUGGUGGGUCUCCAGGGGGCUCUCCUGUCUCACCUGGUGGAGCCCGUCUACCUGCACAGCCUGACGGUGGGAACGCUCAGCCACACGGGUCACCUGACCAGAGCCAUGACUCGCCGGCUCGCGCCCGUCCAGCACCUGCCCCCCCCCUACCGGCGGCGGCCGCUGCUGCUCGGCUGUCUGAGCAGCAGGGAGGUCCGGCCGGCUGGGAAGGCGCCCGGCGUCAGCGUGAACUGGAGCCGUGGCGACGGAGGCCUGGAGGAGGUCAGCACGUCCACGGGGAGGAGGACGGACUGUGGGAGGACGGACUGUGGGAGGACGGACUGUGGGACGCCGUCCCGGCUCUGCAGACGCUCCAUGUUCAGCAUGUGGCUGAGGCUGCAGCAGCAGUUGAACGUUUUGGGCGCGGACUCCACCACAGGGACGUACUCGGGUUUCAAGAUGGCGGCCGGGCGCUACCAGAGGGCGAUGCAGCAGUUCAGCGCCGCUCUGCAGGGUCGAGGUCUAGGAACGUGGCUCAGGAACCCUCCAAAGAACUGAGCGACGGUGGCUGAACAUGAAGGGCUAGAGUCGAGCUCGUGUCUUUCUCGUUUUUUGUUUUUAUUUAAUGUCGUGCAAAUUGGGAAAUUUCAGUUUCAUCCGUCUCAUAUGAGACACCGGGUCAGUAGAGACGCUGGACAGACGAGGACAUUUAGGCAAAAACUGGAGUAGAAUUCUGAGCCUGAACUAUUUAUUAGCUUUAGUCGUCAAAAAAGUUCUAACUAAUGCUAACUUAGCAGGCUAGCUAACACUCAUGUAACUGUAAUCUCUCAGCUAGAUGAUUGGAGAACCUUCAAAAAUAUUUUCUACAAGUUG